GACAUCCCAAAUAUAAGUACACAACACGCCAUAUUGCAUCAAGAUUUCGAAACAAACUGAAAACAACGAAUAGUUGUACCUUUCCAAGCACAAAAGUGAAGAAUUCCUCAUUCAGAUAGCAAUUUAAAAUAACAUGGCUGAAUUUGAUUUGGAUGUUAAAACCAUUGGAGGCAGAUGGGGUCGUCAAUCUAACACCCAACAGGCUGUCAAUGCAGCAAUACGACAGGGAAAGGAUGUUGAAACAACUAAAAAAUUUGCUGCUUCCCAAAACAAGCAGUCGUCGGCUGCGAAAAAUACAGCAAAACUUGACCGUGAGACUGAAGAACUGCAUCAUGAACAUGUGGCAUUGAGUCUGUCCCGUCAGAUCCAGAAGAGUAGACAGGAAAAAGAAUGGACACAAAAGGAACUGGCAACUAAAAUAAAUGAAAAACCACAAGUGGUCAAUGAUUAUGAAUCUGGAAAAGCCAUACCCAACCAGCAAGUGAUCUCCAAGUUGGAAAGAUGCUUAGGUGUGAAACUUCGUGGAAAGGACAUUGGCCAGCCUAUUCACAAGAAGAAGUGAUGCAUGCAGCAUGCUGGCACUCUACAGCUACUUUAUGUAGCAUGUGGCGCUACAUCAUACUAUUACAACACAUGCAUUUGCUAUAAAAUAUUUCAUAUCAGGUUGGGCAGAAUUUGUCUACGUUUACAAUUUCUCAACGCAAAUUUGUCAACUAUGGACUAUUUGUAUAGACAUUAUCCAGAUGUAUUUCUUGCUAAUCUUAUCAGCAUUUGUUUAAGUGACAAUUGUUUUGUCCUAUUAUGAGAAAAUUAGUAAGAUGGCUAAACGUUGUGAAUUAAGUGGUUCUGAAUGUGUUAAGGAUUGUUUUUGUGUAAAUAUUAAAGGGACAGCAGAGGGAUCAUUACAUCAAAGGUUUCAUUGCUUCAGCUGGUAAAGGUGACGUUUAUAGACAGAUUGAUGACACCAUGAAGCAUGACACAAAGUGUCAAGAAUCAUCUUCAAGUUUAGUUAAAAACAUGAUGGUAAUGGUUGUCGUAAUAAAGUUUCUUUACAUGCCUA